AUGACCACUUUUCUCUCGGCUCUCGACACAUCCAUUUUAUCGACUGCCCUUCCGACUAUCACGCUCGACAUCAACGCUGGUGAAUCGUACAUGUGGAUCACCAACUCUAACAUUCUGUCGUCGACCGUGGUCCUCCCUUUAUUCGGCCAGACGGCAAAUAUAUUCGGCCGUCGAUGGCUCCUGAUCCUUUCGGUCGUCAUCUUUGCACUAGGAAGCGGUCUUACCGGGGAGCAGACAAUACAGGGUAUUGGCGAUGGCGGUAUUAACACGCUUGUUGAUAAUGUCAUCUGUGAUCUCGUUCCUCUUCGCCAGCGAGGGAAAUAUGUAGCUCUUAUGGCAGCUGUAUGGGCAGUGGGGACGGUGGUUGGUCCCGUAUUAGGCGGUGCCUUUGCUGAGCAUACGUCGUGGCGCUGGGUUUUCUACGUCAAUCUUCCUCUAUGUGCCGUGUCACUGAUAUCACUUCUGCGCCGUGUCGAAUACAUUAGCAAUGUCAUUCUCACAGCCACGGUUGUCUCGGUUUUGCUGGCACUCAGUUGGGCAGGAGUUAAUUAUCCUUGGUCCUCAUGGCGGGUCCUUGUGCCCCUGGUUCUAGGGCUAGCGGGUUUAUUUCUCUUCUACGCUCAUCAACGAUCCCGGUUAUGUCCGGAGCCAUCUAUUCCUACCAAGUUAUUAUCGAGUGGAACGGCUGUUUGUGCACUAUGGAUUGCAUUUAUUCAAUCAGUAUUAGUCUAUUGGGUUAGAUAUUUUCUGCCCAUCUAUUUUCAGGCAAUUCGUAGCUCGACUGCUACCGAGUCCGGACUGUUUGUGCUCCCUAUUACAGCGGCUAUUGCGCCCCUCGGCAUCAUGACUGGUGUCUUGAUCGCUUCCACCGGGAAAUAUCGUCCUUACCACUUUCUAGGCUACAUAUACCUCACCACUGCCACCGGAAUAUUCUCACUACCAGACGAUAACUCGCCCGCUCGCGAUUGGGCCGGCUUCCAGGUUCUUUUCGGCGCGGGCUCGAAGAUGAUCUUUUCCAGUACCCUGCCUCCUAUCCAGGCAUCCCUCCCUGAAUCCGAUAUAGCCACUGCUACUGCCACGUGGGCGUUCAUGCGCAGCUUUGGUUGUAUCUGGGGUAUCGCGAUUCCGACCACUGUCUUUAAUACGCGGGUUCAGUAG